AUGUCGCAGGAUCCUCUGCGCGCAGGUCCCGUGUCUGACGAUGCGUCUCCAGCCGAUGGCCGCGGCUUGAUUAACCAUGAGCGAGGGCCCGCAGGCAACCGCCAUCCAUCCCGCCGGCCACCCCUCCGCACUCGACCGCAGUCCUGGCACCCCUAUGGGCCGGUGGAGCCGCCAUUGGAGUCGGCUCAAUCGCGGCCCACGGGGGUCCAUGCCAUUCUGAACCCGCCAGAGCAGGGUGCAGCUGGCAGCCACGAGCCACGAACUUUGCCAGGGCCGGCGGACUCGCCUCGCCCGCGACAGGGCUCGUCACCCUCGCUGCGUCCUGUGCGUCCUCUUGUGCAGCAGCCGCUGUCCCCGAGAUCACAUUCGCGGCCUCUGAUGCAGCCUGGGUCACCCUCCGCACGCUUUGUGAGCGGCAGUGGCCGCAGUUCAGGCCCGCCCAGCGUGAUGCAUUCCCCCAUGAUCCCACAGGAACCGCCGCUGAGCCAGCACCACCCGGCUUCCAGUUCGCCCUUGCCGCUCGAUUCGGCACUGCGGCCCGUCGCCUCUCUCCCUGGCACACAGCCUCCGGUGUUGACCUCGCUGCACUCGACACCGGCCAUUCCCUCCCGACGAACCAGCACGGGACCGGGACCUCUUACCAACCCCAGUUCCCAAGAGACAAGUCCCAGCACGCCGCAGUCGAGCUACAGUCAUUUUGGACGGGUGUCGCCGGCUGUUACCAACGUCUCUCUUCCACCCAGCGCCACACCUUACACCGCCGCUCCACCAUACAUGAAAGCAGACCCCCUGACCCGAGGAGUCUCAGCCACGGCAGACCCGCGAGCCGUGAAAGAAGAGCCCUCGACAAGCACGUCACAGAGUGCAUCGUCUCUGCCAGGGAUGAUACCGUGCAUAUUGGACCUGAAGUCUGGAUCCUCGACGCAGGCCGAGAAGCGCAAAGCAAAUAGCGACGCCUCGCGACGGUUCCGGAACCGCAAGCGCAACGAAAUGCAGCUCGAGCAGCGGCUCACAGCCCAGCAAGACGAGAUUCAGCGCCAUGUCGACACCGUCCGGCGCCAGAGCGACGAGAUCCGCGCUCUCAUCCAGCAGAGGGACCAUUAUCGCUCCGAGCGUGAUUUCUUCCGCGAUCAUCUCGGCCGCAGUGUGUCUCCAAACCAACUGCCCCCGAGACCGGCUUCGCCCCGGCCUGCGAUGGUUCCCACCGUCGACGCGGGUAGUGCACAGCACUUGUCUUCUGCUGCCGACCCGGCUCGAUCUGCUGCUGCGGUGCCGCAGCCCCCGGCUAGAUUGCUGGAUGCUGCUCGGCCGCAGGGGAGCUGGCCUGGUAGUCCUGCUUCGUAUUCCCCGGUUCCUCUUCCCCCUGCCGGACGGGGUGUUGCCGCGGGACCGUCACCUGUGGCUGGGGGGCCUCUGCCCCCAUUUCAAGGGAGUUGGUCGCGCCCAUAG